AUGUUUCCCAGAUCGUUUCAAUUUGGCCAAUCUCCCAUCUACGAUAUCGCCCUGAUCAGUGCGGUGACUAGUAUCAGCGUCUGGCUCAUCACCCGAGCUUUCCACUGGUGGACGGCAACAUCCAAGCCAGGUGUUUCGCGAUCAUCCACCCCAGAUCUCGAGAAGAAGUCGGUCGCAGUUACCAGGAAACCGGGAGAAUGGAUCCCAUCGGACUUCAGACGGCCUCCAGCAUCCCCGUAUCCCGACUGGGAUGUGCACACGACAAAGCCCAUUCCCUAUCGACCAUUUCGAUAUGGACCCAAGUACUUCGUCACGAUGGGCCUACGCAGCAUGAAAUGGGACGAAUGGAUUGAACUCGACAACCACUACCUCAAAUAUCACGCCGACAAGGCCCGUCGCAUCGCAGAACGCGGCGACAAAUGCUGCAAAACAGCCCCCGAAGCAUGGGACGCAGCCAUCGAGCUCCUCGAAGAGCUAACCUCCUACCUCCCCGAGCGCUACCCAACCAUGUUCCAAAAGACCCCCACAGGCCUAACCAACCUCAUCACGCACGAAACCUUCAACAUAACCCAACGUCCCCUCCCCGAAGACCCUAUGACCAUCGCCGCCCGCCUCAUCCAAGACGACCUCGCCAUCAUGAUCGAACGACCCGACGGCGAAUACUACCUCCUAGCAGGCGCCGUCCUCCUCGCCGGUUUCUGGCGCCUGUCCGACAAAUACGGCAUGCGACUCUCGGAGAUCCACACCUCCGGCUCCGUGCCCCAGUACACCGAGAAACUCGAAAAGGGAAUGAUGAAUUUCUUCCGUCGGCUGAAACCCGAAGACCCUGUUGUCCGGAACAACUACUUCAUUCAAGUUGAUGACAGCUUGCCCUGGUCACAUAGUAUCGGCUCCGAAGACUCAGAGGCCGUAUCGUGGAGCACGGCGCAGAAGAACAAGGCGAUUGAGAAUCACUGGUUCCGGUCUGAGAGGCAGAGUCUACGACGGUUGCCGAAGACGGGAGGCGUGGUGUUUACGAUUCGGACGUACUUUGAGCCGAUUACGGGGAUUGUCGAGGAGGAGUAUGUGCCUGGAAGGUUGGCUUCGGCGGUGAGGAGUUGGGGGAAUGAUGUGGCUGUUUAUAAGGGACGGGAGAGGUAUGGGGAUGUGUUGUUGGAAUUUUUGGAUAGGAAGCAUCAGGAACAGGUUGAUAGGGGGUUGAGGGUGGAGUUGGAGGAUGAGGUGAGGAAGUAUCCUUUUUGA